GCCCAUUGAGUUUGUGUAUAAUUCAUUGAGGGUCGAUAGCAGGAAUCGUCGGCAUAUUGAGGGCGAGUACAGAUAAUCCUGGAAGGCGAGAUGUCGGAUCGGGAUAGUACGGAGGAACAGCCCCAGGGCCAAGCAUCAACACGGUCUUUUGGUCAAGAGGGCGACGAGACUGGGGUGCAGGAAUUGGCCACCAAAACCCUGCACAUUCAGAGCAAGAGGUACUACCUCGAUGUCAAACAGAACAGGAGAGGGCGUUUCCUCAAAAUAGCAGAGGUAAGUGAGGUUGGGGGUCGAGGAGGGAAGAGCCGUCUAACGCUGGGGAUGUCUGCAGCAGCCGAGUUCAGGAACCAUUUGACAGACUUCAGCGAGCAUUACGCGCAGCUUGGACCCGCCAAUCACGAUAACCCGCCGGACGAUGGCAGACUCAAGAGUGAAGUCAUUGUGAAGGAGAACAGACGAUAUUAUCUGGACCUCAAGGAGAACUCACGGGGACGCUUCUUAAAAGUGUCACAGACAGUGAACAGAGGUCCAAGAACACAGAUUGCCGUGCCUGCCCAGGGGCUUGUAGAAUUCAAAAACGCCCUCACAGAGUUACUAGAUGAAUUUGGAACAGAUACCGCAGAGGAAGGUCAAGGAAAUGUCCCAGAGAGCAAAUCAUUUAGGGUAGAAAAUAAAAAUUUCUACUUUGAUAUCGGACAGAACUUCCGUGGAGUAUACAUGCGGGUCAGCGAAGUACAGCCUCGAAAUCAAUUCCGCACAUCCGUCACGAUUCCCGAGCGAUCCUGGGCACGGUUCCGAGACAUCUUCACAGAAUACGUCGACAGGAUGAAAGAAAUAAGAGCAGGCGAAGGAGGGGCGCAAGGGGAUGAAGGAGAUUAGGAUAAUCCAAUGCUCAUCUUAAUCCCCUCAAGAUCCUCAUCCCCUCACCGGAAGAAAAAAAAAUGGAAAAAAAGAACUCUACACCCUCUGCCUCAAGAAGACGGGAAAACAUUUACAAGAAAAAAAAAAUGGAGACAAGAUUUUUUUGAAGGAUGAUUUUUACAGUGUGUGUAUUCAAGACAUGGGCUAUAGACAACAUAAUGUCAGAUGGGUAAACGCUUGAAGGAGAUGGUGACAAAAAAAGAAUAAUAAUUUAUAUAAAUCUAAAGAUUUUAUCAUAUUCAAAUGGAUUUUUUGUAUCAAUGAAAUUUGAGAAGUGAUGAUUUGCAAAUGUGCAGGAAACAAAAACGGAAGCGAUUGAAGGAAUGAAUUUGUUACAAUAAACCAGCAAAAAAAUAGAAAAAUUGUUUGAGUAUAUGAAUUCCAAAAUUUUGUACGCUAUAACACAGCUGAAGGUUUUUCUUUUUGUUUUUGUUUUUGUGUACACAUCAAUAAGAAAAACGAAAUGAAUUCUGAAAAGAUGAAAGAAAGAUGAUGAUUUUUUUUUUUGCAAAACACAAAAAUAUGAUGAGCACGAAAGAUGUAACAGAAAAAAUUGUCCUCACCUGUUUCGAAAGGUUAACGAUUCCAACACACAUGUAAAUCAUAAUCAUAUGUGAUAUGGAAAUUUAGAUUUAAUCAUGGCAUUCAGAUAUUGUUGCUGUGAAGAGCAGUACAAUUUGAUGGUCAGGAAUGUAAAAUUCACUUGAAAUGAAAUUCCAUACCCAAAAAAUAGAGUAAUUUAUGAAAGAUAAAAUGGGUCUUUGAAUGAUAUGACCCCCUAAUUAGAUAAAGAUAAAAUAAAAACAAAUAAUGACUAUACUAUGAGGAAAACAUGUAAGGAAGAGAAUGUUUGUGGUGCACUUGCUUGCAUAAGAAAAGCACUGGACUAUUGUAAUGAAAGUAUGAAAUUUAGAAUUUUGCUUUCGAACAUGUCAGAGAAAAUAUAGGGGUGUCAAGUAUUUGAAGAAAAAAAUUUAAUACUUUACAGAGAGAAAACCUUAUGUUUGGUUUAUAAAACUGAUGAGAUAAGAAAAGGGGUUAAAUUUAAAUGUCACACAGAAUGUCAAGGAAUAAACUGUACCCAAAGGAAACUGUCCUAGGAGUCAAAACUGGUACCCAGAUUGUGUUCAUAACUUCACGCCGCAGGGGAGGGGACGGAUUACGGAUCGAUGGCAGGAUUUACGGCGACACGGACGGACAGACGGAGGAGACGUGACAUGGAGAGACCGCUUCGGGCGGGGUCCUUUCUGCGGAAGACGUGUAGAGAUUAAGGCUUGUGUGAUUGCAUAUAAAAAUAGAGCUAUUUAAUAAUUUGAUGAGAAGAAGAAGAUGGAGGAUGUAUAAUGGUAGACGGAGAAAGAUGUUCUUGUACAUGUGUUGAUCAUAGAGGGAGCCUUUUACGUGAGAGUUUGUUUUUUCUUCUCUAUUUUUCUGGAUGUCUGACUCUUAUUUCUCUUUGACUUUGAAUGAAUCAGACUUUAUUAAGAUGGGGGCAAGCAUACCGUUGAUUCAUCCGACACUGUGCCAUUAGUAGUAAUCGGUGAUGUAGACCAGGGUCCUGUUUCAUAAAACUUGAUAUCAAUAACAAGUUACAAGCUACUGUUAUAAGCUACUGAAAUCCUUGCUUCUGAUUGGUUAUCAGCAGAUUUGUCACUGGGUUUUGUCACUUGUCAUUGAAAAAAGGCUUUGUGAAACGGGCCCCAGACCUGCCACACAUUUUUUGAGAUGCAUCUCAAUCCAAAGCAGUCAUAUAUUCGAGUCCGGGGUCGAGCCCAAUUUCUUUAGCCUGGGCCUUUGGACCGAGUCACGUGUACACAACCAAUGGAAGGUGAUAUUUGUGGCGAGGUCAUGACUCGCAACUGCCGGCUGUGACUACAUCCUUGAUCCUUAGACCAAAUUCUUAAGGGAUGUAACUAAAAUGUUGAGAUCGCCUUCCUCUCUUAAGAAAAUCGCAGAUAAUUAUGUACAUGAUAUCUUGGAGUUAAGUUUGUGAGUAUAGGUCAAUGGUCAAAUAAUAUGGAAGGCCAAUAAAUGGAGCUUGCAGUUUAUAAGGAAAUUGUAUUGUUUAAAAAAGAUGAAUUAAAAACAAACGGUUCCAAAUUUUUGAAUUAAAGUUGCGCUCAAUAAUGAUGGGUCGGCAGCUGUUCCUCUGUUUGAAAUGGUGUUAAACACCCUUUGUGUAGUAAACACCAGAACACGUUUUCAGUCGGGUGUUUGCGGGUCUUCGUCAUACUGCCGUUGAACAGUUACUGGAAGAUUUGGUGCUUAACAAUAGGUGUUAAGUCAACACUUAUAUCAAAAUAUUAUGAUAAAAUGUGUUUAUAAGCACUGUAGUACAAUCAUAAUGUUUAAUACACCAGAAGCCACACACUGUCUAAACCAAGCACCAAUCAACCACGUAAACCUUCCAUAUCUCUCUUCCAUAUACACAUGUUUCAAUUGUAUGCUUGCCCCCAACUAGCAUGUACAAAUUACCAGAAAUGUUUUGAAAAUCUGGGCCUUCACAAAUUAGAGAAAAAAAUACUGAGAUAAACUAUAAGAGAGUUAUAUUUACAUUUUUUCACAUGUGUUUAAGCUUAUAUAUAUAUGAAUAUUGGAUAUUUUGUCUUAUUUUUCAUCUCUGUUAAAUACCUAUAGACCUCUGCACAGUAUUUUUCUUUGUUUCUGAUUGAAUCUAGUUCCGAGUGUGGGAGACGCUUCUUAGAGUUGAGUAUUAUCAUAGAGAGUGCACUUUUGUUCAUGAUGACCCUUAUGGUUCCCUAACUGUUGAAAGAGAAUGGAAUUUUUUAAUUUAUUUUUAAAAACAAAGAACAGGCCCCUCCCCUCUUCAUUAAAACAAUAAACAGGAGACUCUUUGGUUUUAUGUUGUUGUUUUUUAAGAAUAAUUUAAAGUUGUAGGGUUUUAGACAUCUAAUGAAAACCUGAAUUGUAACUGUAUAAUUUAGAUUCAUUGAAAGUAUCAGCGACUUGUCCCAGCUGUAACCUGGAAAAAAAAGUGUUUGGGAGUUUAAGUUAUGAAUAGUUAAUGUAAGUGAAAACAAGAAGAUUGGUUCCAGAAAAUUUUAAGGAAAUGAUGCUUGUGUACAUGGAUGUAAAUGAGAUUGAUAUAUUUUAUUCAGUUGCCCUAGAAUUUUGUCCUAGAAUUUAACAACCAAAAAGAUUAUAGUUGUAUGGCGCCAAGAGAGAAAGAGCCAGGAUAGAAAAUUAAGUUGAGAAAGAGAAAGAUAUGUGAACAGAUGUUUUGUAGUAGAUUUGUGUACCUGUGUAUUGGUUUAUGAUUUGUUUUAAUUUCUCUAUGUUUAGAAAACCCUGGCACAAACAAGCCCCAAUCCAGUUGACUUGUAUUUGAUAUUGGCUUACCCCAAGGCUAUUGUAUAGGACCAUAUUAAUUGCAGAAAGGCAUAUAUCCAUUUCUUGAAGAAGAAAAAAAAAGAGUUGUGAUGGUGGUUUUUUAUAUUUCCCAUUUUUAUUUCACUUGUAGCAUCACCUUUUUCAUUUAUAAAUAAGGAGAUAUUUAGUACAAUAUUGAGCCUAAUUUUACCAACAAGUCUUAAAAUAUUCAUCUAUCUCAAGUAAAUCAUAGAUAUUUUGGUUGAUUUGAAGAUUGAUCUUGGACUUCCUUGGGUUCCCUCCGCUCAGAUAUAAUGAUUAAAGGGUGAGAAAUUUCAUCUGAGGCAAAACAAACUUGUAUUACAGAAGGCAAAUGCAUGAAGUAGAAAAAGCAUACCCAAAUACAUGUGCAAAGAUAUAUCUUUAUGUAUUUAUCGAUCUCUACCUUCAUUUUUUCCAAUAGUUUUCAUUCUUUAGUUAAGCUUCUCCAAAACGUGAAGACACGUCAAAUCCUUCUCAGUCUAACGCACUAUUGAGUAAAAAUAGGUUUUGCUGUAUUUUAAUUCAUUUUAAUUUUCUUUUUGUGAUAGUGAGAACGUUGACGUGAUAUUUACAAACAAAAGAAGAAGAAAAAAGGAAAAAAAAAGUUGUGUAAGACGACAUUGUAUUAUUGUGUAUCCUGUUUGCAUGUAAAGGUAUAAAAGCAUCUAGUUUUGAAGGGUAAGAGUGUUUGAGGCAUAGGUAUGAUGUGUCUUUUGGCCUGAUGAAUUUUAAACGGUUUAAGGAUUUCUUUGAGGUUUAGUAGUUGGCCUGAUUUAUAUAUCGUUGAGGUGUAGCCGAGAGUAUCCCUUUUGCAUGUUAUUUUGCUCAAUUAUCACCACUUUUUAUCGAGUUGAAAGAAUGUUGAAGUUCAGUAGGAAUAACUUAAAAGGUGUUUAUGAGAUUAAAUGGUUAAUGGAUUAGAUGAUGGUUUAUCGAAUAAAUAUAUGGUAAUCUUCGAGAUUGAAUGGUUAAAGGAUUAGUUAAUGAUUUAUCAUAUGCUUUGGUGUAAGUGUGUCAUCAAGAUUAAAUAGUAAAAGAUUUAGAUGAUGGUUUAUCUUCAUGGUAUGAGCUUGGCUACUAAGGCAGCAAUGUGUUUGCAUGUUUCGUUCACCAUUACUAGUUAUAAACGGUCAAAGCACUUUCCGUAACUUUGUUAAGUACUGUGUAAUAAAUAAGAGUUUGAAAGUCUCUGGUGAACAGGUUUGAUGCUGGAGUAUAUAUAUGCUCAAGUUAAAUUGUAAAACUGAACCAGGUUAGGUUUAUAAAGUCACUACAGUUCUGAAUUGGUUUAAAAUAAUACAUACAUGUACUAACUUGGUUGAAAAGUUAAUACAUGUACAAGAUUGGUUAAAAAGUUGGAACAUGUAUUAGAUUGGUUAGGGUUUACAUAUUCAUGUGGAAAGGUAGUCUAAGAAUUCAAAUAAGAUCAAGUCUUGUUUAAAAGUUUUUGGAUGGAUUACAUUUGGUUAGAAUUUGAAUGCUUGUUUAACUCUGGUUAAAAGACAAUAAAUGACAUGACACUUUUUAGUAAAUAUGUCAAUUUAAUGUAUAUGAUAAGCAGAUUACUAUCGUUUUACCUCUGGUUAAUUUACAGUCUAUUUCAUGCUGGAUUCUUAUCAGAGUGCUAGCACAAGUUAUUCACUGGUUAAAUAGUUAAUAUUAAGUUUUUAGUUGACUGCUGCUUAUCUCUGAGUUAAAAGAGCGUACUUGUUUAACAUUCAAGCUAGUAAUUAGUCAAACAGUUAAAUAGUUUACAAUUGGUCAAGCAUUUCAGUUGAAUGCCGAUCUCCAGAGUUUCAAGAGCUGACAUGUUUUACAUGCAAGUCGUUAAUUAGUUAACUAGUUUACAAUCUGUUAAAUAGUUAGCACACAGUUGAGCAUUGUCUUUGACUGCGAGUUAUCAAGUCACAUGUUAAUGAACAGACAUGUUUUACAUGCAGGUCACUGUGCUUGAUGUAUAUAGGGCAGACUUGUUCCAGUGAAAAAAAUAUGUUUAAAGCCAGGACGAGUGAAAUUAUAUCGAUGGGUCCAAUAUUGUUUUUAACAUGUUAUAGGACUGUUAUGCGCUACAUGAAUAUACUCCAGAAAGUUUAUACACAGGACGCUGUAGAGCACAUUUUUCUUUUGUUUCUGUCAUCGAGCGAGUGAUAUUUUGCAGUUUCCUGCCAUAUACGGAUGAAAUUGAAAGCAUUAUUUGACGAUGAAAAUUGCUUUGUGUGUGCAUAAAUUCUCGGUUUUAAUUAUUCAUAUUAUGUCACAUUGGUUAGCCCAGCGUUUUUCAACCAGGAUGCCGCGAGAAAAAUUAAUGAAACAUCCAUUUUUAAAUGAACGUCGCUUUCAUAAGAAAAAAGCAUUUUAAACUUUGUAACAUUUUGUUAGUGUCUUUUCCUUUGCUUGCUCACUCGCACCGUUUAGAAACAAGAUGGUUUUAGGCAGUGACGUGAUAAAAUAUCUCCAAAAUCGGGCAACAAAAUGACAAACGCACGUUCGCUUCACUUGCUCGGAAAGAGGUUGAAAAACGCUGGGCUAGUCUCGUUACCAGAUGAUGGAAGUAAUAUAUUGGAUGCUAAAUACUGCGUUGGUACAAAAAGAAGGGUUUUCAGAAUG